UGUUUCUCAGGAAUAUUAAGGGUUUGCUACGUCAUCGACAGGCGACGCGCCGCUAGGAGAGGGCAGCAGUAAGAAUGCUUUUUUACUCGUUUUUCAAGUCGCUGGUGGGGAAGGACGUCGUGGUGGAGCUCAAAAAUGACCUGAGCAUCUGUGGAACGCUUCAUUCUGUUGACCAGUACCUGAACAUCAAGCUCACAGACAUCAGCGUCACAGAUCCGGAGAAAUAUCCACACAUGCUGUCUGUGAAAAACUGCUUCAUCCGUGGAUCGGUGGUCCGUUACGUUCAGCUGCCGGCAGACGAAGUGGACACUCAGCUGCUGCAGGACGCUGCACGGAAAGAAGCCAUGCAGCAGAAGCAGUGACGGGGCUGCGGGACGGGGGGUGGGGGGUAAGGGGAACAAUGAAUGGGUAGUUCUGGUUUUAGGUUAAGUUUGUGCAGCCUCUCUUUGUCUCUGAAAAUGUGUCUUUGACACUGGGGAUCAAUCAUUUGCAGUUUUUGCUUUCUUGUUAUUUUUUUUUAACCUCACAGACGGUUUAGAUGUCGUCGUUUGAUCCCUUUUUUUGGUUUUAUAUAGAAAUAAACUAAUCAGAGAGUCCGGAGAGGAAACCUGCUGUGGUGUUCAUGUUGAUGAUAACAGGCACGCUUUGCUUAUCAAGUUGUGGCUUUUUUAUGCCUCUUGGAAAUAAACAUUAUUUUAUUUAUAUUUUCAUGACAUUUGUGAUUUAUUUUUUUUAGGAUGAUCUUGGUGACAUGUUGGAGGAUUUGAGUUUUUGCUGCUGAAGAACUGUUUUUCUAUUCCAGUAUUUUUGAGUACUGGAGUGUCCACGUCAGAUUUUCAGGGCUGACGAUCACAUUUAAGCUGUGCUUUAAAAACCGCAGCCAAAAAUUUUUUGACCUACUCAAAGCGGCACAAUUUAAAGCCAAAAUUUUUUUGAAGUUUUUUUUCCAGCGAAUAAUCAAAGUGGUCAAACAUCCAGGGUACCGGUGCUUGUUUCUGUUACUCCAUGUCGCAGACAUUAAACUACUGCAGGCUGUGAUCUGUCCUUCCAGCUACCGAGCUGACUGAAAUGAGCCUGUUACAUUUUACAGAAGAAUACUUUAAUGGCUUUCAUGCUGUGAGAUGUUCAAAUGUCAUUAAUGGUCAUUUAAAAAAAAAAAACAAAAAAAAACAAUUAUGCAAAAAGGAGUUGGCCUGUCUGAUCUCCUUCAUGCUGUUGCUGUUUUCUUCAGCAUUUUGGGCAUCAAGCUUCCUGCAGCAGUACGUCUGUUUCUGUCCGUCUGCUGUUUUUCAUAGGAGUAUCAAACUAGUGAUUACAACUGGGAAAUUACAAUCAAAUUAAAGCAUAUUCCCA